UAUCACCUUCUCAACAGGUUUAAGUCUGCUCAUAAGCAAACUAAAUUAGGACCUACAGUACCUUGCAUUGGGCAGUGUUAUGGUUCUCUCUCUCAGAAGAAUUGCAAGAUAUUCAAUUUCUAUACGUUGUUUUAACUGCUUAGAAACUCAAAUUUCUGAUCUCUAUGGCCACCGAUGCUACACCUCUUCCGACCUAUGCUCUGGAGAUCAGAGACGUUUCUCAAAUAUAAAAAAUAGAGAUGCAAAAACAGAGGAAGAUAUCAACGUAAUUGCUGUUGGUAAUGGUGAGAAUGAUAGAUCUAUGGCCUUCCCCUGUAAUUUGCAGUGUUAUCCUCAAUACUAUUUUGAUUGUUCUCGAGGUGAAGUUGCAUUUCAUUGUCUACAUUUCUCUCAACUAUCUCUCCAGCGUGGUUUGCAAUGGAAAAUGUCGGUUUUGAAUGCUAGAGCUUUUUCUGGGUUUUCAAGUGGAGACAGAGAAGCAGGUGAAGUAAAAGAAGCCAGGGAUGAUGAUGACAGUGAGAGUGAGAAUGGUGACAGCCAGGCUGAGUGUAGUAAGUCUGUAGCAGAUCCGAAAGAAGUGGAAAGGGUCUGCAAGGUAAUUGAAGAAUUGUUUACAUCAGAUCGGAACAUGGAAGCAGUUCUUGAUCAAUGUGGGGUUUCUCUCUCCCAUGAUCUUGUUCUUGAUGUGUUAGCUCGGUUCCGCCUUGCCUGGAGGCCAGCAUUUCGGUUCUUCUGCUGGGCUGGGCAAAGACCGGGAUUUUUACAUGAUUCUAGGACAUAUAAUUCCAUGAUGGGGGUACUUGGGAAGACGAGGCAAUUUGAGAGCAUGGUGGUGAUGCUUGAAGAAAUGGGGAGUAAAGGGCUUCUGACAAUUGAGACUUUCUCUAUUGCUAUUAGGUCUUUUGCUGCAGCAAAGGAGAUGAAGAAGGCAGUUGGCAUUUUUGAGUUGAUGAAAAGGCAUAACUUGAGAGUUGGGGUUGAUACUUAUAACUGUUUGCUUGAUGCCCUUGGAAGGGCAAAACUUGGGAAAGAAGCUCAAGCUCUCUUUGAGAAGUUGAGGGAUCGAUUUACCCCAGAUUUACAAACCUAUACAGUUCUCCUUGCUGGAUGGUGUAAGGUGAAAAAGUUAGCAGAGGCAGGGAAGGUUUGGAAUGAGAUGAUUGAUAAGGGUUUCAAGCCUGACAUUGUUGCCCAUAAUAUAAUGCUUGAAGGAUUGUUAAGGUGUAGAAAAAGGUCUGAUGCUAUCAAACUGUUUGAGAUCAUGAAGGCGAAGGGCCCUUUUCCAAGUGUCCGAAGCUAUACCAUAUUGAUAAGAGAUUUGUGUAAGGAAAAAAGAAUGCAAGAAGCUGUUGAUUACUUUGAUGAGAUGCUUGAUUCUGGUUGUCAUCCAGAUCCUGCUGUUUACACAUGUUUAAUUGUGGGUUUUGGGAACCAAAGGAAGAUGGAUAAGGUCUAUGGCUUACUUAAGGAGAUGAAAGAAAAUGGCUGCAACCCUGAUGAUCGCACCUACAAUGCCCUUAUUAAAUUAAUGACCAAUCGGAAAAUGCCAGAUGACGCUGUUAGGAUUUACAAAACGAUGAUCCAGAAUGGCUUCCAACCAACAAUUCACACAUAUAAUAUGAUGAUGAAGUCUUACUUCCAGAUGAAGAAUUGUGAGAUGGGAUGUGCUGUAUGGGAUGAGAUGAGUCAGAAGGGUUGUUGUCCUGAUGAUAAUUCUUAUACUGUUUUCAUUUCAGGGCUAAUAAGUCAGGGAAGAUCAGAAGAGGCUUGUAAAUAUAUAGAAGAGAUGAUGGAGAAAGGAAUGAAAGCUCCACAGCUUGAUUACAACAAGUUUGUGGCUGACUUUUCUAGAUCUGGGAAGCCGGACAUACUAGAGGAGUUAGCUCAAAAAAUGAAGUUCUCUGGAAAUUUUGAGGCUUCCAAUGUGUUCGCUAGGUGGGCUGAGAUGAUGAAGAAAAGGGUUAAGAGAACAACAGACUCUUCAAGUUCUUUGGCAGACUCCACUGUAUUCGUAAAUUGACCUGCAGCCCAAUAAUAUAACAAGCCAUUUAGUUAGGAAAUUUUCACUCAGAAUUUCUAGGAAACGAUGUUGUCUGUGUUUCCAUCUGUAUUGUUUUCGUCUGGUGUUUCAUUUUUGUUACUUCAAGUGAUCACUUGUGGGUAAUUCUUGACAGCAAAUAUCAAUGAAAUUCCCUCCCAUGAUUGUGUAAUGUGGGUGA